AUGACCAACCUCCGAGACGAAGGCCCCGGCUCCGGCCUCGACCCUGUAGUCGUCGUCGACUUUGGGCUGGGUAUCUUCAGUGAGGCGGACAGCCAGUUCCGCUUCAACUCGGACGGCAUCUUUACCCCUCGCGAGACGGCCGUUCUGGUCCGCUGCUCCCUCGUCGACGUGGUCCACGGUCAGGCGACCCCGGACGACGACACGCCCUGCACGCUCCUCGUUUUCGACUUCCAGCUCGACCGCGUCAAGGCAUCCCGCACGAUACACCAGGCCAUCAUCAGCCUCGUCCUCCCCGAGGGCGUCCGCAUCCGCAAGGGCGGCCUCGGCCCCGCCGGCAAGGUCUCGUUCGACCCGCAGUCGCAAAGCGUCUCGAGCAGCACCGAGGCCAGCCUCUCGGCGGGCUUCAGUCAUGGCGGCACGCUCGAGGGAGGCGUCACGCGGGGGGAGUCCGUCAGCAUGGACACAACACACUACGCUACCGUUAUGGGCUGGACAACACGACACCCCAAGGCGCGGCCGCACGACCCGCGGCCGCACAAUUGCGCCAGGUGGGCGCUGCACGAGAACCAGGCGCGGAAGGACGGCGUGCCGCCACACUUCCGCGCCGCGGUGCUGUUGGAACGAGGUAGGGGGGCCGACGCGGACGCGGACUUCAACGUCGAGGUGGACGUCAGCGCCAAGGUCGACCUCAAGACGGCGUUCGAAGACUUUACGCUGUUGCUGGGCGAGGCGCCGCGGGGAUGCCUGCCCAUCAAGCCCCGGGACCCGGGGACGCACAACUUGCGCGAGUACGACGCGGCACGGCUGUCGAGCCAGGUUGGCGACCUAUGGAGGCUGUCAUCCGGCGCUCUAGAGACGGCGCAGUUCUCGAGGGACUUUGUGUAG